ACAAAAUUAGCCAAGGAAAAAUGAAAGCAAUACUUCGCAUCACAAAAAGAGACCAAAUAGCACCAAUUCUCCUACUUAUCAACAUUCUAAUGGCGUCGCGUAUGUCCUUCUCCCGCUCAAUCCACCCAAUCCUAAAACGCUCUCCAUUUUCCCGUAUUACCCCUAAGCAUUUCCCAAAAUCCCAUCCUUGUCCUCUCUGGUCCGCUUCUUUCUCCUUUUGCCUUCAAUCUCUCCAUAAAUCUUCUACUCCUAUUAUCUCUGCUGCUCCUUCACUCUCUUUUUCACCUUGCUAUUCUUCGCUAUCUUCAAUGGCCGCUGCUACUACUACUGAUAUUAGUCUUCAAAGCAAUCCUCUUUUACAGGACUUUGAAUUCCCUCCUUUCGAUGUUGUCGAGGCUGAUCAUGUCCGACCUGGGAUUCGAGCUCUUUUAAAGAAACUUGAGAAUGAUCUGGAGGAAUUGGAGAGUACUGUGGAGCCAUCAUGGCCAAAAUUGGUGGAGCCACUGGAAAAGAUUGUGGAUCACUUGACUGUUGUUUGGGGGAUGAUCAAUCAUCUUAAAUCUGUUAAGGAUACAGCUGAACUCCGUGCUGCAAUUGAAGAAGUUCAGCCAGAAAAGGUAAAGUUUCAGCUUAGAUUGGGACAAAGUAAGCCGAUUUACAAUGCAUUUAAGGCUAUCCAAGAAUCUUCUCAAUGGCAAUCACUGAGUGAUGCUCAGAGACGUAUAGUGGAAGCCCAAAUUAAGGAGGCAGUUCUUAAUGGUGUUGCUCUUGAAGAUGAUAAAAGGGAAGAAUUUAACAAAAUUGAACAGGAGUUGGAAAGACUGUCUCAAAAGUUUGGGGAGAAUGUAUUAGAUGCCACAAAGAAGUUUGAAAAACUUAUUACAGAUAAGAAAGAAAUUGAAGGAUUGCCUGCUACAGCACUUGCAUUGGCUGCACAGACAGCAGUGUCUAAGGGGCAUAAAGAUGCAACAGCUGAGAAUGGACCAUGGAUGAUUACAUUGGAUGCCCCUAGUUAUAUGGCUGUCAUGCAACAUGCUCGAAACCGUGAUUUGCGUGAGGAAAUCUACCGUGCUUAUGUAACACGUGCUUCAAGUGGUGAUCUGGAUAAUACGCCAAUUAUUGACCAAAUAUUAAAACUUAGACUGGAAAAGGCCAUGCUCCUCAAUUACAACAACUAUGCUGAGGUAAGUAUGGCGACAAAAAUGGCAACUGUUGAGAAGGCAGAGGAACUCUUAGAAAAGCUGCGAACAGCUUCCUGGGAUGCUGCAGUUCAAGAUAUGGAAGACCUCAAAAUUUUCUCCAAAAAUCAAGGUGCAGUGGAAGCAAAUGAUUUAACUCACUGGGACACUGGCUUUUGGGCUGAGAGGCUUCGUGAGUCAAGAUAUGAUAUUAGUGAGGAGGAACUACGGCCAUAUUUUUCGUUGCCAAAAGUUAUGGAUGGCCUUUUCAAGCUUGCCAAGACACUUUUUGGAAUUGAUAUUGAAUCAGCUGAUGGUUUAGCUCCUGUUUGGAACAAUGAUGUCAAAUUCUACUGUGUCAAAGAUUUGUCAGGCAGUCCAAUUGCAUACUUUUAUUUUGAUCCAUAUUCUCGUCCAUCAGAGAAAAGGGGAGGUGCAUGGAUGGAUGAGGUAGUUAGUCGAAGUCGCAUUCUGUCACGCAAUAGUACUGCUCCAAGGUUGCCUGUAGCCCACAUGGUGUGCAAUCAAACACCUCCUGUUGGGGACAAACCAAGUCUUAUGACAUUUCGAGAGGUUGAGACUGUUUUUCAUGAAUUUGGCCAUGCCCUUCAGCAUAUGCUAACCAAGCAAGAUGAAGGUCUUGUCGCUGGAAUUCGGGGAAUAGAGUGGGAUGCUGUUGAAUUACCCUCACAGUUCAUGGAAAAUUGGUGUUAUCACAGGGACACUUUGAUGGGCAUUGCAAAACACUAUGAAACUGGGGAGACUCUCCCUGAAGAUGUGUAUGUGAAGCUCCUUGCUGCAAGGACUUUUCGUGCAGGUUCACUGAGUCUUCGCCAGUUAAGGUUUGCAAGUUUAGAUUUGGAGUUACACACGAAGUAUACACCUGGUGGGUCAGAGUCCAUCUAUGAUAUUGAUCAAAGGGUCUCUAAGAGGACACAAGUGAUCCCUCCGCUGCCUGAAGAUAGAUUCCUUUGUAGUUUUAGCCAUAUCUUUGCAGGUGGAUAUGCAGCUGGAUACUAUAGUUACAAGUGGGCAGAGGUGCUUUCUGCAGAUGCAUUUUCUGCUUUUGAGGAUGCUGGACUGGAUGACAGCAAGGCUGUUCAGGAAACAGGGCGAAAAUUCCGGGAGACCAUUCUUGCUCUUGGAGGUGGAAAAGCCCCACUAGAGGUUUUUGUGCAAUUCCGUGGGCGUGAACCUUCACCAGAGCCACUGCUCCGACAUAAUGGCUUAUUAUCAGCUGCAGCUUCUGCAUGAAUUGUUACUGCACGUCAGUAUUCUGUCGGCAUACAGCGAUCCUAAAUGAUAUGCAGGCUUUCUCUUUAGGCCUUAAAAUUAUCUUCUGUGUGCACGCGCAGAGUGUAAGUUAAAUACAGAGAAUUUCCUCUGAUCCCCCGUGGGAUGUUCAAUCAAUAUACUUUUUGGUGUAAAAGAAACUUUCAAGAUGAAAUAAUGGUUCAUUUAUGACA